CCGUCCUCUUUGCUCGCAAAGCGGAUGGAACUCUCCGUCUCUGCAUCGACUAUCGCGGUCUCAACCGCUACACGGUUAAGAACAGCUACCCCAUGCCUCGUUCCGAUGAGUUGUUCGACCGCCUAGCAGGCAACCGCUUCUUUACAAAGAUUGAUCUUCGUAGCGGUUACCAUCAGAUCCGUGUUGCUGCAGCCGACCAGCCGAAGACCGCGUUCCGAUCGCGAUUCGGCCACUACGAGUUCACGGUGAUGCCAUUCGGCCUGACCAACGCACCCGCUACCUUCAAGAGGGCGAUGAACGACAUCUUCAGGGACAUCCUGGAGCAGUACGUUCUCGUCUACCUCGACGAUAUCCUGGUUUAUAGUCGUACCCUUGAGGAGCACCUCAGACACCUCAGCGAUGUCCUUGACCGCUUGUGCAGACAUGGCUUCUACACCAAGCUGAGCAAGUGCCGCUUUGCCCAGCACAAAGUGGAUUUCUUAGGACACUACGUGUCUGACCAGGGUCUCCACAUGGACGACGCGAAGAUCGCUGCUAUUGCGGAGUGGCCCGCUCCCACAUCCGCCAAGCAGCUUCGCAGCUUCCUAGGCCUGACCAGCUACUAUAGUAAUUUCAUCUGGGAUACGCUAGGUGAUUGUCCGAUAGCCUUUUACUCCCAUCAGCUCCUGCCCGCCGAGAUAAACUACACUGCUGAUGAACGUGAGGUUCUCGCGGUAGUUUAUGCCGCUCGGCACUGGCGUCACUACCUGCACGGGGCACCGUUCACGGUGCGUACGGACAACUCUGUUGUCCAGGCUUUUCUGACAAAACCGAAGCUCACUCCUCGACAGGCUCGCUGGUGGCGCGACCUAUCCGAGUUUAGUUUCACCACUGAGCACAUCAAGGGUGAGACUAAUCGGGUCGCAGAUGCCUUAUCCCAGCGUCCUGACCACGAUCAGGAGCAGAUCCAGCUCUCUUCCAUCUCGGUCACCACCGUCCACCACUCGGUGAUCGACGAGUUCCGCACUCAGUACCGCCACUACCCCGACUAUCGCGACAUCCACGCGACCCUUCGGAGUGGCAAGACCAUCCCGAACUACUCUCUCGGGGACAACGGUAUCGUGUACUGGCACGGUUCACAGGGCACCAGAGAGCCCCGUAUUUACGUUCCCUCCACUGGACAGCUACGUGUCCGCGCAGUAGCAGAGUUCCAUGACCAGGCAGCCGCCGGUCAUAUGGGCUUCCACAAGACGUUGGCUCGUGUGAGCCGCCUGUACGUCUGGCCAAAGCGCAAGGACUUUGUGAAGGACUACGUCGCAGAGUGUCCCACCUGUCAAGAGGUGAACAGUGCGAACCACCUGCCUUAUGGUUUGCUCCAGCCUCUUCCCAUCCCUGAGGGUCGUUGGCAGUUCAUCUCGAUGGACUUUAUCGGUCCCCUUCGUCCUCUGACCCCUCGCGGUCAUGAUGCUAUCCUGGUCGUCGUCGACCGCUUCACGAAGCGUGCAUGCUUUGUUCCGUGCCGCUAUGCCAUCAAUGCACGUGAGGUCGCCGACAUCGUGUUUGACCGAGUCAUGCGUGACCACGGUUUACCUCUGAGCAUCAUAUCUGACCGUGACCCGCGCUUUACCAACCGAUUCUGGCGACGGCUCCACAAGGUUUAUGGCACUCAGCUCCGCUUCUCCUCGUCUUACCAUCCUCAGACUGAUGGUCAGACCGAGAUCACGAACAGGACUCUUGGAGAUAUUCUCCGAAAGAUUGUUCGUGACGACCAGCAGUGGGAUCUUCAUCUUGCCCACACGGAGAUAGCCUACAACCACGCCGUCUCGCCAGCCACGGGGAUGUCGCCUUACUAUUGCGACCUCGGCUAUGACCCUCGUGCUCCCGCGGACUUCCUUCGACCGUCACAGAUGCACCCCGACACCAGUUGUCCCGCACUGGAUGAUUGGGUUGCACACAUGACGUCGAUCAUGAAGACCGCACAUGAGCACAUAGCCGCUUCCCAGACUCGCAUGGCAGCACGUGCGAACCGAUCGAGGAUGGAUCAUCCAUUCAAAGUCGGUGAUGMUGUGCUUAUCGACGCCCGCCACUUACAGCUCGAAGCGGACACGCUUCGCAAGUUUCGGCGUCGCUUCUUUGGCCCAUGCCGCAUCCUCCAGGCCGUCGGUUCUGAUAUGGCAUCUAGCCCGGUCAGCUUUCGUGUGAAGCUGCCCGACUACCUACGCCAGGCUCGUGUGCAUGAUGUCUACCACGUCUCGUUACUGCAUCCUUACCACAGAUCGUUUGAGCGUUUCGCUGGACGACCAUACGAGCGCCCUCCACCCAUCAUGGUGGACGGCCACGAGGAGUUCCUCGUUUCAGACAUCAUUGGUCGUCGAGUCACCGACGACAACCCUCCCCACAUCGAGUAUCUCAUACGUUGGAAGGGUUACCCUGAUGAGGAGGCCACCUGGGAGCCCAUCGAGCACUUGCAGUACGCUCGCAUGUUGGUGCGUGCCUAUGACCGUGCUCGUCGUGCUGAGUUCACUGCUCCUCCUCAACCCACUGACCCUCCUCCUUCUGCCCCGGUUGAGGAGACCGCUGAAGUCGAGCCUGCUCCAUCUGAGGCAGACCUUCAGCAACAGCCCGAUGCUUCUGAGCGUCCACAACGCACUCGUCGUCGUCCUGCUCGAUACGACGAUUGACUCUGACUUACCUUCCCACGUCCUUGACUUCCCACUCCAGUUUUGCUACUUCAGCUCGUCGACGUUGCGGCUCUUCCUCGACG